CCUCGAUCAGAGGUCAUCUCUCAAGAAAAUCAACCUCAGAGCCUGCCUCCUACGCAUACAAACGUGGCCUUGACGACCGCGACAACGGUGAUUUAAACCAAGCCAACACUCCAACAGCCCAACCCACUUGACGCCCUCCCUGUUCCUGUGGUUGCCAGUAAAGGGAACCUCGGCGCCACCCCCGCCGUAACUUGCACGCCCAUUGCAGCACUGAUCGACACUUCUCAGCAAGCCUUCCAACUGCCAUCUGAAUCAAGACAGUGCCAAAGCAGCAUCUAGACCUUGAUUUCCCGAAUCGGCCGGCGACCUCCAUUUGGCUUUCAACUCUACGAUAAGCUCAGACCCAGGUUUCUGGAAUCCAAUAUCACCGAGACUGCCCGCAAUCCUCAAAACCAAGCCUACUCAGAAAUCUCUCUCAUCUUUGACCACUAUUGCAAAGCGUACGCCCAUGUCUUCGUGCUAACAAGUACCACAAAUUCACCACGAUGCUUGAGCUUGAGCACCAGCACCAGCGUCGACCAUAUUUUGACCAGGAAUACGCCUUUGAACAGAACGCCCACGCGCCGUACCCGGGCCUCAACAUGGGCCUAUACGAACAUCAAAAGAAUCUCACCAAUUUCCACGCAUUACCCUAUUCCUAUUAUGACAAUCAGCCAAUGUUUUCCUCUGCCUCAUUGCAAAUGAAGCAAGAUCUGCAUCCGAUGCAAGAAAUGCCACCCUCGGGGUCAAUACCCUCCAUCGGUAGCGCCUCUUCAUCCACUGUCGGCUCACCCUACUCAGGCCCCAGCCACACUAUGACCAGCCACGACUUGUUUGAUCACCAAAAUGCUCGAUAUGGACUGGGAGUCAUGCCCACCAUCCUCAACCCUGACGUCUCCUUUCUACAGGACAUUUACUGCAUUCCCCUGGAAUCGGAAGCUGUCAUUCACAGCCAUGAUAAGCUUCGUGAUACUUUUGUGGACCCUUCAUUAAUACACGCGUCGGUAUCCUUCGGAGAACCUUCAUAUGCCGACGGCGUCUAUCAAUCUAAUCUUCACUCGUUCACAUCCUUAUCACCUGGAGCUUCCCCCGCUCUUUCCCCUCAACCUUUCACCACACUGGCUCCAACCCAGGUCUCUGGCGCUGUCGCCAAUGCCAACUUUUAUCCACACCAAGCCCAGCCAAGUCGAAGGCCGUCCCUGGUCUCAUAUGCAUCACACGCGUCGGCGGCUUCGAGGUCAAGCCCUGCGUCCUCCGAGUUUGACGAUGAAGGUCGCCAGAAAGGACGAUGUCCCCACCCCGACUGCGGCAAAGUUUUCAAGGACUUGAAAGCUCAUAUGCUAACACAUCAAGCCGAACGGCCCGAGAAAUGCCCCAUCUUGACCUGUGAAUAUAAUCAGAAGGGCUUUGCUCGAAAGUACGACAAGAACCGACACACCUUGACCCACUACAAAGGCACCAUGGUCUGCGGUUUCUGCCCAGGAUCUGGGUCGCCAGCCGAGAAGAGCUUUAACAGGGCCGAUGUCUUCAAGCGACACCUGACAUCUGUGCAUGGAGUGGAGCAGACACCCCCCAACAGCCGGAAGCGUUCGCCCACUUCCAGCAACCGCAAACUCUCCAGCUACUGUCAAGAUGCCACCGGCAAGUGCUCCACAUGUUCGCAAACCUUCACCAAUGCUCAAGACUUCUAUGAGCAUCUUGAUGACUGUGUGCUUCGUGUUGUCCAACAAGAGGAGCCCAGUGAAGCUAUCAAUGCACGCCAUCUGACAGCUAUCUCUGGUGACAACGAGGUUCAAGAGACUCUCGAUCUCCACAUGAUCAAGACGGAGGACUCUUCCAACGUCAAGGCUGAAGACGACGAUGAGGAGGAUGAAGACGAUGACGACGACGAUGACGACGAUGACGACGACGAGGAAGACCACCAAGUCAAUGGCCGAUCCGGCAAGGGUCACAUCAAGACCAUCAAACAUCCCGCCCACGCCCGUGCAAUCAUUGGUGCCGGCGUGUCCAAAUCAAAGCCUGGCAAAAAAGGCAUGACAUGGUCUAAAGGCGGCGUUGCUCUUGUGGGCAAAGGCCGCAAGAAGAGAAAGCACUAUCCUCCUUCAUGGGGUAUGGCGGCUGAGAAGAUGCGCAUGAAGAAACGUGUUCUCUGCGUGUACGACGGCGAUCGCCGACUAUGGAAGGACGACAUGAUGCUUCACAACGAGUUCGAAGUCCGAGUCAACUUGCCCGAUGGCAAGAACUACGUGACAGAUCUCGAUGUCGAAACCAUGAAGAGGGCGAUUGUCUUUCACAAUGCCACUGAGGAAGAGAAAGGCCCUUGGCUUUCUCAGCCCGAAGAUGACAUUCAAGGUUUUGACUUGAACGCUUUGAUGGCAUGAUUUUUUUUCGUUUUGAUUCUUUUGUCGAUGGUACUUUGAGCGAUACUGUUGGACCUGGGAUAUCUCUUUGUUCAUACGACAAUUAUUUGUCUUGGAAUAAUGUCUACCGUGCACAGGACAUAUGAAGGCAUACCAAUCUAUAUGAUGGAAGUGGAUCUAUACUCUUACAUAUCUAUGGAAAGUGAGUAGUACAAACCACAUGUACCUGGGUUGGACAUGUGUGACGGACACCAAAAGUUGGGAGAUCAUUCAAGAUCCCCAUCAAGCGUGUCUCCUCGAUGGAACAACAGCUUGUGUAAGACCAGAAUUGGGUAUUGGAGGCAAUAUACAGCGCUGAGCGCUUGUAACAAACUCA